AGUUCAGUUUCGUUUCUCUUCACAGACUUUGAAAAUGGCUUCUGCUGUUCUGAGCGAUGAGCUUACCUGCUCUAUAUGCCUGAGUAUCUAUAGAGAUCCUGUGAUGCUACCUUGUGGGCAUCAUUUUUGUGAUCACUGCAUUGUGCGUACCCUGGACAGUCAGACAAGUUCUGGAAUUUACAAUUGCCCUGAAUGCAGAGCGGAGUUUAAGCAGCGGCCAUCUCUUCAGAAAAACCUGAAGCUGAGUAACAUUGUGGAACAUUAUCUUUGUACCCAGUCAAAGGAAGAGAAAUCUGAGGUCUUUUGUACUUACUGCAUUAACUCUCCAGUGCUUGCCAUGAAAACAUGUCUACUGUGUGAAGCCUCCUUGUGUGACAGGCACCUAAGAACCCACAGUAAGUCUGAGAAACAUGUCUUAAUUGAACCCACUGCAUCAAAGGAAGAGAAAAAUAAAUGUUUAAUCCAUAAGGAGCUCCUAAAGUACUUUUGCACUCAAGAUUCUGCACUGAUCUGUUUGAGCUGCUCCAAAGACAAUAAACACCAGGGACACAAUUUGGAAUUGAUAAAUGACGCAUUUGAGAAAAAAAAAACAGCGCUAUUUGAUUUUCUCCAGAAAAUAAAUUCAAGAAAAACUGAAAAUGACAAGCAACUGUGGAUGCUCCAGGAGCGCAAAAAGAAGGUGCAAGGCAAGGCAAGUGACAUAAAAGAGAGGGUGGCUGCACUUUUCAGAGACAUAAGAGAAGAGGUAUUGGCACUAGAAAAUAAAGUAAUAAAUGAAGUCAAUAGACAAGAAGAAAAACUCUCAUGUCCCCUGGCUUCUUUAAUCAAGAAUUUGGAGAUAGAAUCAGCUGAUCUCCACGCAAAAAGGAGUCACAUUGAGGAGCUGUGUAGUGUCACUGAACCAGCAGACCUGCUAAAACAACCUGCCAUCAGCAUCAAUCUUGGGAAGAAAGAUUUUUUUCAUCACAGUGAAGAUUUAGAUGAGGUUCUUAUUGCUAUGACAUUGCAGAAAGGUCUCUCCAUGCUGCCUGACACUAUUACCAAACUGAAGAAAUCACGGGGCUUUCUUGUGGAAGACAACUCUGACAUGAUUCUGAAUGUUAAUACGGCUUGUGUUAACAUUGCUCUUUCGCCUGACUUACGAAAAGCCUCUUACUGCCAUAUAGAAAAAUCACGGCCCCAUCACCCAGAGAGAUUUAUAACACAGCAGGUUUUGAGUACACAGAGAUUUACUUCAGGGCAGCAUUACUGGGAGGUAGGAGUCAGUGAUGAAGGUGACUGGUCUGUAGGGGUGACAUAUAACAGUGUAAAAAGGAAAGGUGAUAUAUCAUGCAUUGGACAAAAUUACAAAUCUUGGUGCUUAAACUGGCUUAAAAAAGUACUUUCAGCAGAAUAUAAUAAUGAACAGGAUGAUAUAUACGAAGAACUAUCCCAAUCAACUCUGGGCAUAUAUCUGGACUAUGAGGGUGGGCGGUUGUCCUUUUAUAAGUUAUCUUCCCCAAUCAUUCAUUUACAUACCUUCAGGGUGACCUUCACCGCACCUUUACAUGCAGCCUUCUAUCUUCAUAACAAGGGCUGGAUACACAUUGGUAAAUAAUUAGGAACUAUGGGCAUGGUUAUAUAAAGGUAUGGGACCUAUUAUACAGAAUGCUUGGGACCUUGGGUUUUUGGAUAACGUAUCUUUCCGU